GGCAGUGAGUAUAGAGAGGGAUCUCCCCGCCCCCUGCAGUCUGCCUGACACUGCAGCACCGGAGUCCGGGCUGAUGACUGUGAGUCUGGGAGAGGAGCAGCAGCUGGAUCACAUUCCUCCCUCACACCCUCCCAGCGCAUUCCUGCCUGCCCCUCGCCCAGCAGCCGCAGCAUCUCCAGCCAGGUGCAGUGUGUGCAGCAGCAGCGGCGCAGGAACCCGGGGAAGAGAUGACGGCGGCGGUGGCGGUGCUCCUGUGCCUGGCGGCGCUGCUCUGUCUGCUGGACGCCCGGCUGGUGCAGGACGCUGAGGAUGGCUUCGCAGAGUGCAAUGACUUCUUCUACCAGGGCAGCCCGCCCGAGGGCUUCAGCCACCCGGCCCAUGCCAGGCUCUGCCAGAGGCACCAGGGGGAGGCCAGCUUCGCCACACUGUACAGCACCGAGCACCGGAUCCCGGUGUACUCUGCAUUCAGAUACCGGGAGGGGUCAACCGGGGGAGAGGGAGACUGGCUGCUGGAGCCCCAGCUGGAUGACCCCAAAAGCAGUGUGGAGGAAGCAGUGAAAGGUUCCGAUGUGUCUGAGCAGAUUGGAGGUCUAGGUACAAAUCAGGCCUUAGAGGAGGACUAUGCCUCAUCAGAUUACCAGCCAGGUCCUCUCUUCCAUAGGGUUCCAUCACUUCUUACCAAUGCAGUGCCACUGUCCGAGAACGUCAAGGAGAAAUGGGCCAAGGAUGUGGAUCAUCUCAUUGAGAGGUUGCUACCUCAUUGUGGGAAUGGGGGUGACCUUCACCUCCUAGCUGGCACCGUUCCCUCUAAUAAUAAAAUAAAAGACAAAGUGACCGUUCCGGAGUACGUCUGGUUGGCAGCUUGUUGUAACAUCCCCGAUGCCUGGUCCUUUGGGGUCAUUAAGAGAACGGAUGAUGUAGAUAGUCUAGAAGAGGUUACUAUGGAGGAACUUGAGAGCAGACUACCUGGUGGUGUGAAGUUAUUUUCCAACCAGUGUGGUGGAGGAGCUUUACCCCCGAAUUUGGCAACGGUAUCCGAAUCCUCAACCCAAACCGAGGACGAACCCCCAGUUAAAACACCAGGGGCGUUUUCUAGAUUUUUCCAGUUCCUUUUCUGCAUCACCUAUGAAAUUGUGAAGAGCAUCUUGUGCCUCGUGUGGUUCCUAGUGAAACAAAUCUGUAAUUUAAUUUUUGGGAGACUGUACUGGAUCUGGACCGCUGCCACCACCUACAUUCUGGCUCUGAGCAGCGUUCUGUUGAACAUUCCUUGCGACGUCCUCUACGUCCUGGCAGAUAUUCUCUGUGGCUUUGUGCGAGUCAUUGACAAUGUGUUUUCGGUUGUCUGUCUGGUGCUCAGACUGCCAACCAGGUUUCUGUGUGACAUGGCCAGUUUCCCUUAUUAUACAAUCUGUGCCAUACCGAAUGUUGGUAUCGACAUACUAGGUGGUAUCUGGGGCAUCUUUGCCCUGGGGCUCCAGGCUGUGUUUGGUGCAUUUGGCGGGUCAUUCUCAGUGGCCUCUUUCGCAGGGAGUAGUGUUUUCCAAAGGUUCGUGGGACAGUCGGAAAGUUAUGAAAACUGACCGGCAUUAUUAAGUUAGGAAAGUAAAACGCAACGAUGAUUGGUAGACGUGCUCGCACUUUACAGCAAGGUGUUAUGUAAUUCCUGUGUGACUUAUACCAGAUGUCCAUAUAUUUGACUCCUGUUUAUCAGUGUUUUGUAAAUCCACAGGAAUUAGACUUGUUUAAAUGGCAGGACAAUGAUGGCUUUUGAGUACCUUUUAAAUAGGAAUGACUAGCUGGCAUUCAAUCUCAUUUUGUCGGCUUUAGUUAUCUCUUACUAGUGUAGCCGAUCUCACCCGUUGUGGCUAUCCAUAAUUACACGCAUACAGUACCUCUUAAGAUUUGGCUUGUGAAGGGUCAGUUCGAAAUGCACCAUUAUUCUGAAUUGUAGGUUGUGGGGAUAUUUAAAUACCAUUUGUCUGUAGAAAUAAUUGUGGCCACAUUUUGAGGUACUAGGAUUAAUGUGUUUUACGGCACAUAAAAAAUGCUCUUUCUAUUUUUGAGACUUGGAUGAAUCGGGCAAAUAUCUUCUUUAACUCCUAGUCGGGGGGGAUUUUUUUUUUAUAUUUGUGAACAUAACACAAGAUUACAUACACUUUGUGGGUAAAGUGUACCCAUCACAUACUCUCAGUGAAGGCCACCGUGUUGUAGCAUGAACAUAUAAUUACAAUAAUUCAUGCCCAUUCAGGCUUUUCAUCCAGUAGAAAUGAGUGAAGUCACAGAGGUAUAAGGCCCUUUGUGCCUCGGACCUCAGUGAUGUCGCUAAAUAACACUGAUGCUACACUGAAUAUUGCAUCGGCCUUAAAAUGUGUUUCUUACAUGUGCAGAUACCGUGUUACGUUGCCAGCCCUUUGAGUGUAAAAUUUGCUUUAAUAAAUAACUGGAAUAGUCUUUGGUUUCUAUUUACCUAACAGAUAUGGCCGGGUAACAGACAAUAACUUACACUUUUGCUCCAGCUUUUACACAAACUUGGUGCUAAAGUGUCCGAAAUGUAAAUGUUUUGCUUUAUUAAUGUCCUAAACUAAAGGGGAGAUUUAUCAAGAUAAAGUAUCAACCAAACCACUUUGAACUGUUCUUUUACAGGCUGUGUUGAAAUGACAGAAGCUUGAUUGGUGGUACUUGAUCUCUCUCCCCCUAUUAUAUCAAAUUACAGUUUUUUGAGUCCACAACAAAUUUAUAUUAAAAAAACAACAACCUUAUACAUUUACAUUAUUGUACGUUAUUGUAAGUUGUUUUUUUUUAAUGUGCCUUGUAUAGUUAUGAUUAUCUCAAGACAUACUCCGUAUUCUUCUAAAUUUUAGACUUUAUACAUGUGAGCAAGAAACACCUGUAAAUUGAGCAGGAUUUCCACAUUCCUAAAUGCUAUGUUUCUCCUACUAAUGUUUUAUCUGUUACACUGAUUUGUUUUUUUGGGGGUUUUUUUGUGUUUGUUUUAUUCUGACUUGGUUCUAGUUGCACUGAUUUAAAAAAAUAUAUAUAUACAAAAUACAGGAUCAGUUGAUGUCCAGCUGCAAAUUGCUCUGCUGAGGUUUAGUAAAGAUUGCAAAAACACUUUAUUUUGACUUCUAAAUUGACAUUUGCCAAGCUCGAAACAAUACCAUGCUUUGACAAGACUUUGUGAAUUUUGCUAUGCACUGCUAACUUUAUCACUACAUUUUUUUGGGUUCAGAUGUCUGAAGUCCAUUUGCUUCCUUAAAAGAACUUGUACACCCUCUAUCUCUGUUAAUUUCUAAGUUCUAGAUUUGAUAAAACAUCUUAAAAAAGCGAAAUGGAAGUGUUGCCUAUUGGAACCAUUCAUUUUUCAGCUGUGGUUUUCCUAGUGCACUAAAUAAAUCAUAGCAGGAAUUUGAUUGGUUGCCGUGGGCAUUUUAAAUUUUUACAGUUUUUAGUAAAUAUACCUAGUGCCUCUUUUCUGAGGGCAGCUUACAUGAUCAUACGCAGCACUUUGGCUGAUUUCUUGUAACGGUAGGGACCAUCUUUUGUUGAGAGCAGGGGUACACAAACCCGUUUUAAUAAAGCCACCACCAGGGUAAGGUUAAGUAUAGGCACCACUGAGGGGAGGGUUGGUUAGGGUAAGGCUCAGGGAGGGUUAGGGUUAAGGGGGUAGGGGAUAGCAUACUUAACCCCCAUUAAGGAGUUGUGAUGCCCGGCAUCCCAUCCACCAGUCAAUCAUACUGGACCCCUUCAUACAAUUUGGGUGAAUUCCACAGAAAAGAUUGUAUCGUCUUUACCAUAUAGUACACUGUCACUGUGCAAUAAAUAUCAGAUGUCCAGGUAACUAACCCAUCCUUCUCUUAGGAUGAUAGCUGGUGUUAAUAUCAGGAAUAUCUGUCACAAUUUCACUGUACAAGUCCUCACUACUGAAUUUAAAAUGAAAAAUAAAUUGCUUUAUUCUGAGAGCUGACCUUUUUGCACCCAAUAAAAAAGGAAUAUCAUACCUCAAAGUGCAGGUAGCCAUUUUGUUCAGCUGCUUUCUCAGGAAUGUACUUCUUCAGUGGGCUAGGAACUGGUGACAUCACUGCUUCAUGAAGUAAAGGUAGACAUUUUGUGUGCUGAACGUUGUGUCUCAGUGAUGUCACGAGUUCCCAGCGACAUUUGAUGACUUCAAAGAAGACAUACUGGCAAAAUAUAGGUGCAGUCGGGGAAAAAUGGCUGCUUCCAUGUUAAGACCGAACAAACCCUUAAACGCUUCACCAAGAAAAUACCACUUCAAAGAAUUGCUUUUCGAUGAUCUAAAGCUGAAAAAGGAUGAAGGAAUUAUUGGGGGGAAAAGUGCACAAUAUUUUUUCCCACCAUUUAUCACAUGCAAUUGAUACCAAGGGUGUGAUUUAACAAAGAUUAAAGAGAUAUAAAGUACCAACGAAUCCGCUUCUGUCAUUUUUCAAACACAGCCUGUAACGUGACAGAAGCUGGUGGGUAUUAUAUCAUUCUUAAAGCUUUGAUAAAUUUAGGUCUAGGUGAAUACUGGGGAAAAGCCAUUUUUAACUAAAUCUCAGAUCUGAACUAUGCCUUGUAAUUGAUUGCCCCUUUAACAAAAUGGCAGAGUUUGUCCUGCAUUCCGCAUGGCUACGGCCAGCUUUAAUAAACUUCAUUAUCUAUAUACAACAGUAUACUCUUUAGUGUGUUAUGUUUUUAAGUUAUAUUCCUCUUUUUUUUUUUUUUUUUUUUUUAAACCUUUAUUAACACCUAGGAAAAUAUAAUUUUGAGACAGCCCCACCCCUGAGCCGCGUGAGCAAUCACAAACCACAAUUCAGGCAUACUGGCUUCUGAUUGGUCCUCCCGCACCACCUUUUGUGACAAUUCAUGUUAGUUGAGCAAAUAAAUUAGCUGGCUCUUAAUUACCCAGGGCUGCUCCAUACUUACAUUUUUCUAUAGCUAGGGAGCAGGAACAGUACUGAAAAUGUUUCUGAGGAUUCUAGAGCAGAGUUAAGGCGGUACUAUUGUUGAUGAUCAAAAGCCUGUAUAUAACUAUGUAAUUACAUUACCUGUAUUUAAAUAUCCGCUACCAUUGUCUUUCAAGAUUUGUGUUGCAUUGGAACAAAGAGCGUUGUACAUAGGGAAUUGCGUGGGAGGUCCAGGUUACAUAUGCAGCCUUGCCCCUUGCUCAUACUGUAUUACGUUAAGUGUUCUUUGAUGUGUAUAUAAUGGAGCUUAGUGAGUCGGUUAGUUUUAGGUGUGUUUUUGUUUUUUACUGGGGUCCUUCAACAUAAAGUUUCACAGAACAGUCAUUAGGGUGGAUCUAAGAGAACGACGUUGGCUUGUAAAUUAUACCCUUGUUGCAUGCUGUUUAUGCAAGGCUUCUGUAGUCCUUGAAACUAUUUAGGUUCAUUAAGCAGCGCAGCAAUGGGCAAUUCAUUUUUAACUUUCCAUAAAUUUGUGCUGCCAAAUAGCAAAGUGAAUCCAUCGGUACGAAAUGGGACACGCAGUAGGUUCAACGUAGGAAUGGCUGCAAAUAUUCUAAAUCACGAAGGUUUAUCACCUGGAUAUUUCUCUACUGUAAAUAUAAGACUACUUUAAAGUCACCUUGACCUUGCAAAUACGCAGGAGUCUACUGAAAUACAAGGUGACUUGUAAUACACAGUAUUGGGUGUGCAUUAUUAUGUAUAAUAUAUUGUAUUAUCCUUACGAACACUGAAGUGAUGGCAUCACAACUGGCUGAUUGUAAGCAACGUCAUUAAGACUUUCUAUAAAGAUAUUUCUUUAAUCUUGCAUAAUGUCUGCCACUGGGAUUGCGUUAUUCGUUACAAUUUGUGUUUCUUCGUAUUGACCGAGAUGUUGACGUGAGAACCUGCCGUUAUCAUGUAUAGGAGUUUAUAGACAUGUUGGCAUUACUUGUGUAUUAUAUGGGGGAUGACGUUUACAGGGGGAAGCGAACUGCAGGUUUUUAGCUUCUGUUUUCAUGUAUAUGCUUGUGGAAUUUUGUUUACUAAUCAACAUGUGCAAUUAAAGUCUGAGCUUGUUUAAAUAUCUCUAAAGAAUGUAUUUCUUUUCCUAAUUUUGUCUUGUUUUACUUAUUGAAUAAAUCAAAUCUUUUUUUCUUUUUUUUUUAAACAGGAUGUUUUAUGCUCGCACAAAUCUCAUGUUUAUCUAUAAGAAAUAUUAGCAAAAUACCUUUAUUGGGGUAGAAUUUAAAUAAAAAUAGAUCUGCUUUGUCUGUGUGCUGCUUUAUAAAGCUGGACUGAGUAAAUGCUCUGGUGCUUGAACCUGACCAGACGCUAACCAUUGCCUGCCUGUUUCAUCAUUAUAAUGUCCAUUCUGGUCUGUGACCAAAGGGUCUAUUCAUGAAGCAGCGAAAAGAGUGGGGUAAACAAACCAGUGGUGAAGUUGCCUAUGGCAACCAAUCAGCAUCUUCCUUACAUUUUAUAGAAUGUACUUGACAAAGGCUUCUUUCAAAGCUGAUUGGUUCCUUCUCUACUGGACCUUUUCUCCACUCUUUUUUUUCACUGCUUUAUGAAUAGACCCCCAAGCCUCUAAUAUAAAUGGCGCAAGUGCAGCCCAGACAGAUAAUCACCUAGACAUACGAGGGCAAAUGUAAUAGGGUCCAUGUUUUCCGCGGGUACGGAUGGUGGACAAUCUCUGACUUUUUUUUUUCUUUUCUUUUUUUUUUCUUUUCUUUUUUUUUUUUACAGGGGCAAUCAUUUACAAGGCAAAACCAUGCGUUGUAAAUGAUUGCCUCUUUAAAAAAAAAAGUCUGAGAUCGGCCACCAUCUCGUAUUUCCGCCAAACUCUGACCCUAUUACAUAUUUCACUUGUUGUAUUAUGGCUGUAUAUCAUUUCUCCAUAUUCUGCCAUUCCUGGAUCCUUGUGUUUUGUGGUGUUUUAUUCUACUCUUUCUUUAACUCUGAAGGGGAUCUGGCUUCUACCUACAUCUAAUGGUGGCAGCCAUUUUGUGGUCUGAACCAACAUUUAGCCAAUGGAUUCAGCAGGAACUGGUGACAUCGCUGAGAAAUGAGGCACUGUCUUGUCUCAUGCCUCAGACAUGCCGCCGGCUCCCGGGUGAGUUCAUAGACUGCAUUCAUGGUUCGGCAAACAAAAUUGCUGAAUCCAUAUUGGUGAAGGAUCCAGUUUGGUUGCCAUAGUUCCAUUUCGCUUUCUAGAGCGCCAAACAGCUGUAGUGACUGGCCAGCACAUUUUAUGCUAUUGCUACUUGUUAAUCUUGUGUGACGUUAGCGAUCGAGCAAUCUAAUAGCAUUCACUGCUCAGCCAUCUCAUAGAUUGCUAGUAUUUGGAAUGGUGCAAGAGAAAGACUCAGAGCCGCCUAUCUGCCCAGCAAUAACGUAGAGAACACUUCAAUUACUGGUAUGCUUGUGCCUCUUGUCAUGUGACCACUUUCCUAUGUCCUGUAUGUAAAAUAUGUUCUAUUUUUUUCAUAUGUAUGAUUACAAGGAAAUAAAAUAACUUAAGACAUUA